AAUAACGAUGACGAUUACUCAUUGAACAACAAUAAAAGAUGCCACAUUCGAUGAAAAAUAGGUCAAAUUUCUCUGUCAAAUUCGUGUCAACCCAGAAAUCCCAUCUGACCAAACCCUUGCUCAUCCCGCCAAUCAAUUUCUUUAUUUCCCACCUUUUCCAUCCGGCAGAACGAGUCUCUCUGCCGGCUCAGUCAUACUCAUUACCUCGCCUUUUGCGCUCUGAACCAACCUCUGCCGGCCGGAAAACUGCUUGAGAGAAUUUUGAUCGACCAUGGCGGGAACGGCACCGGUGAAGAGAAUAAAGCUGGGAUCACAGGGACUCGAAGUUUCAGCUCAGGGACUUGGAUGCAUGAGCAUGUCGCCUCUGUUCAACCCUCUUAAGCCCGAACCUGAAAUGAUCGCUCUCAUCCGCCACGCCGUCAACUCCGGCGUCACUUUCCUUGACACCUCCGAUGUCUACGGCCCUCACAGAAACGAAAUCCUUCUGGGAAAGGCUUUCAAAGGAGGGUUCAGGGAAAGGGUUGAACUCGGUACUAAAUUUGGUCGUCUAUUUCUGGAUGGGAAGAUGGCGAUUCGUGGAGAUCCCGCUUAUGUAAGAAUUGCUUGUGAGGGUAGCUUGAAGAGGCUGGAGAUUGAUUGUAUUGACCUUUAUUAUCAGCACAGAGCUGAUAUCACAGUGCCAAUUGAAGCCACGAUGGGGGAAUUGAAGGAACUGGUUGAGGAAGGUAAGAUUAAGUAUAUAGGUCUUUCUGAGGCUUCUGCUUCAACAAUCAGGAGGGCUCAUGCUGUUCAUCCCAUCACGGCGGUGCAGUUGGAGUGGUCGUUGUGGUGUAGGGAUGUGGAGGAAGAGAUUGUCCCUACUUGCAGAGAACUUGGAAUUGGGAUUGUUGCAUACAGCCCUUUAGGCCGUGGAUUUCUUUCAUCUGGGCCUAAGGUGGCUGAAAAAUUUGAGGGCAACUUUCUGAAGCAGUACCUCCCGAGGUUUCAUCCCGAGAAUAUGGAGCACAACAAAGCCAUAUUCGAGAGGGUGGACGAAAUCGCGAGGAGGAAAGGAUGCACUCCUUCGCAGCUGGCACUCGCUUGGCUGCAUCGCCAGGGAGAUGAUGUGUGUCCGAUCCCAGGAACGACCAAGGUCGAGAACUUCAAUCAGAACAUUGGAGCUCUGUCUGUGGAGCUGACAGCAGAAGAGAUGGAUGAACUGGAAUCCAUUGCUGCAGCUGGUGCUGUGAAGGGUGAUAGGUAUGGUGAAGGUAUAUUGACAUUCAAGGAUUUCAACACUCCACCUCUUUCGUCGUGGAAGCCCACUGGUGUAUGAAGAAUUGCCCCCCAAGGCAAGGUUUGCUCUUCAAUGUGAAGUACCAUUGGUUUUGUAAUGUUUACAUUGUAUGGUUUGAAGAAUCUGGGGAUAAAAUUUUGAUCUUUGAUGUGAAGUACCAUUUUCUAGGUAUAGAAUUAGAAGGAUGGAAUUGUACAAUCAUAUCCUUUUUUCUUGGGUAGAAUCAUAUGAAAUUCUGACUUCAAAUAAGUGUUGGAUAUAAAUUCCGUUCCUUUGUUGAUAUGCUGAUCGUCUAUAAUUAAUAUUUCAUUAACAACAUAUGCUAGUGUCGUUAUAAAAUUAUAAAAGUGCCACAUUGUAUGGUAAUAGAUCGAA